AUUGUUUUGCUAGCGCAAUGCAUGCUGGGUUGGUGACAUGUACUGGUUGCGCCAUGCUGAGUUGCUGUUAGCUGUGGCUUUGUUUACUUCCGGUCUUCACUAAUAUUCCGCACUGAUGCCUCACUGCGCUGCUUCAGGCUGUAGUUUUCAGUCAAAGGGAAACAGAGGGAGCGAUGUGAGUCUACACUGUUUUCCCACUGACAGGGACAGAAGACUGGAGUGGAAAAUUGCUUGUGGACGUUCAGAACUUCCACAGGACCCGCGGUUAUGUUCUCGCCACUUCACCCCGGACUGUUUUCUGAUCUUUAACCGACACAGACUUUGGAGAGAGUUCACGGGUUCGGAUGGUUUCAAACGGAGACUAAAGCCAAGCGCCAUGCCCACAAUCUUCUCACCCAGACAGACAGAAAGCCCCGAGAAAAAACUGAGUACAGUCCACCCGAGGAAACGACAGGAGCAGCAGGCGUUUGAUUUCCACCUGCGAGGAUGUCAACAACCAGAACCUGAGGGAGUAACCUCUGAAAUCACGACCACGGAGUCACGGGAUCAGUUCCCACAGCAGUCUGAAGGUUUGCAGUGUUCUCCAAAUCCAGACAAAGGAGGUCCUCAGAAUAUGAAGGUAAUACAUCAGAUAUAGUUCAUUCACCUCUGUAUCUGACUGUAAGUCUAGAUUCCACCCGGCGGACAGACAUUUCCUAGUUUAAUCCACAUGAUUGAGUUAACCUGAGGAUUAUUACCAUCAGACCUGCCGACACUCCCGUCUUUUCCCCCGUAUUUCAGACCUUCUCCCGUAGUUUGAUGGUCCACCUUCACUCAUGAAUCCGAUCUCUAUAUUCGUCCAAAGAUUGUCGUGUUUCAAAGAUUAACAGUUUCGGAUGAUUCAGGUUGAAGCUGUAAACUUUAUUUAAACAGCGUUCGUAGUGAAAUGAACACUCUAAUAAAAGGGAAACAAACACAAGAUCUAAUGUUUACGUUGAUAAUCUUUCAGCGUCUCGGAGUGAUGCGUUCAGGGCAGCCUCAGAUAAAAGAGUGCUGUAUUUCAUUAUUGUUAAAACAGACCUCUAAUAUCAUUAAAACAGAGCGCAAAUAUUGUUAAAACAGAGCUCUAAUAUUUUUUAAAAAAGAGCUCUGAAAUUGUAAAAAAAAAGUUCUAUAUUGUUAAAACAGAGCUUAGAUGUUGUUUAAUUGGAGCUUUAAUAUCCUUAAAACCGAGCUUUAAUAUAGUUAAAACGGCUCCAAAGUUGUUAAAACAGGGCUGUAAUUGUAUUAAAACAGAGCUCUCAUAAAGUUAAAAUAGAGCUUUAAUAAUGUUAAAAUAGAGCUCUAAUAAAGUUAAAAUAGAGCUCCAAUAAAGUUAAAAUAGAGCCUUAAUAAAGUUAAAAUAGAGCUCUAAUGAAGUUAAAAUAGAGCUUUAAUAAAGUUAAAAUAGAGCUCUAAUAAAGUUAAAAUAGAGCUUUAAUAUAUUAAAAUAGAGCUCUAAUAAAGUUAGAAUAGAGCUCUAAUAAAAUUAAAAUAGAGCUCUAAUAAAGUUAAAAUAGAGACUUAAUAAAGUUAAAAUAGAGCUCUAAUAAAGUUAAAAUAGAGCUCUAAUAAAGUUAAAAUAGAGCUUUAAUAAAGUUAAAAUAGAGCUCUAAUGAAGUUAAAAUAGAGCUUUAAUAUAUUAAAAUAGAGCUCUAAUAAAGUUAAAAUAGAGCUUUAAUAUAGUUAAAAUAGAGCUCUAAUAAAGUUAAAAUAGAGCCUUAAUAAAGUUAAAAUAGGGCUUUAAUAAAAUUAAAAUAGAGCUCUAAUAAAGUUAAAAUGGAACUCUAAUGAAGUUAAAAUAGAGCUUUAAUAAAGUUAAAAUAGAGCUCUAAUUAAGUUAAAAUAGAGCUUUAAUAUAUUAAAAUAGAGCUCUAAUAAAGUUAAAAUAGAGCUCUAAUAAAGUUAAAAUAGAGCUUUAAUAAAGUUAAAACAGUAUUUCACACACAGAUGUUCAGAGAGCCUCAUACAGGAGAGAGAUCAUGGAGAACAGAGGAGGACUUUAAUAUUAGUGGACUAAACAAGUUUAUAUCAUAGUUGUUAUUUUUUAUUAUUAUUUGUUUUUGUUAAAACAAAAAGGUUUGCAGCUUUACUUUGACUUAUUUGGAUGAGUUAGUUAAUUACAAAUACUCUCAUAAUGAGCUGAUACAAGGGAACCUCAAAACAACCACAAAAAUCUAUACCUAAAUGUUGGCAGGUCUGCUGUAAUUCUGCCGUGUAUCCACCAGGUGUCAAACUCACGGCCUGGGGUCCAAAUCUGGCCCAGGAGAUCAUCUCAUAUUUGUAUUAUUACUGUCCCACUAGAAUGAGGUCUGCAGAUUUCCUCUAGGAUAAUAAUGUAAACUUAAGUACCGUUAUUCAAAAUAUCCUUAAUAAACCAUGAAAAUCUGGUAAAUUAAAGAGUUAGGAAGGUUUGAUAAAUAGUCAAGAAUGUGGGAAAAUUGUGUUUAAUCCAUAUUUCCAAUUUUGCAGCUCUUUUUUGACAGACCAUCCAUACAGAUCAAUAGUUGAAGUUGUUAAAGAAUCAUUGAUAUAUUUAACCAUCGUUAAACAUCGUAUGUAGGUAAGAAGGUACUUUAUUAAUCCCAGAGGGAAAUUCAAAGACAAGAAUAAGUGUUCAAUGGUUUCAUGUUCUGUCAUACAAAAAAACGCAAACACAUGGGUUAUCUUCAGAAUUAAAGCUUCUAGCAUUUCAGCAGCAGGAUAAUUAUUGUUUAUUCAUUUAAACUGAAUUUUAUUGACCUUUUUGGUGAAAUAGAAACAAUCAGUCUUGGUUAAUGUCACUUCAGUAUCUGUUAUCUGUGUUUUCAGGGACUUUUUCAUGUCAUCGUUCGCUUUUCUUUAAACUUCCAAGUGCUUUUUUAUCACAUUAUUUUCACCCAGUUUCAACUCACUGGUUUUGGAAAUAUUUGUGACGGUGUUCAGUAAAUACUGACUGAACUUUCUGCACACGGAGACCACAGACCGUAGUUUAUGUCGGAGACGGUGCAGAAACAGUCAAACGUUUCUUCCUGGACUUGAUCGUCAUGUUCAUUCUCGGUCUUUCUCUGUCCCUCUUUAGGUGAUAAUGCCGGGAAACUGCUGCUGCGUCAAAAACUGCGGCCGGCGCUCUCACGACGACCUCGGGAGGAAACUGAACAACGGGCUGAGUUUCUACUGUUUCCCCGCCUGGAGGGCGCACGAAGGCAGCGAAGUGUCGGCGCUGACGAUGAGGAGGAGGGCCGCCUGGGUGUCUGCUGUCGGCAACAUGUCCUUCAGCUCCAUCCACAAAUCCAAGAGGGUGUGCUCCAGACACUUCCACUCCGGUCAGUCUUCAUGAUACAAGACUCAUUUUUACCGACUCUCACAGCAGCACCUGAACUACACACAGAAACAUCCGAAUGAAGAGGUUGAAGCCCGAAUGAUGGUUCAGUGAACGUGUUAUAGAAGUUUCCUUUUCUUCGUCAUGUUGGACCCUUCCUUUAGUUUCUCUCAGUAACAGGUGAACUCAGUGUCUACGCCUGACUGUUCACGUCAACAUGUAAAUGAGAAAUAUGUCAAUGUAUAAAAAAAAACACCAUCUGUCACAAACUGCUUUUGUUUAUCCAGUUUACUUCAAUGAAACUUGAGCAGAAAUAACAACAGAAAUAUCUUUGAACCAUCUUUGUAAAUUCUGCAUUUCUGAGGAUGAACGAUUUGAAAACUUCAGUAACGUCUUUAAAAUAUUUUCUAAAAUAAGUCAGUGGCUACACCGCGCUCGUUCAGAGCCACAGAUCCUCCCCAGUCUUGGUCCAGCUGUGAGACCGACGCUCUCAGUUCAUUUUCAACGUCUAGUUUUGAUCGGUAUUUGGUGUCGUUGUCGUUGUCGCCCUCGCGUUUUCCCAGAGGUCCGCUGAUGUUUGUCGUGGUUAGCAGUGCAACACAAUGUGAAGUAUUCCUUGUUUCGUGGUUGGGAUGUGAAACAGAACCUCCAAGUCCGAGGUCAUGGUCCUCAGUCAGAAAAAGGUAGAUCACCUUCUCCAGGUCGGAGGAGCGGUCCUGACUCAAGUGGAGGAGUUCAAGUAUCUCGGGAUCUUGUUCAUGAGUGAGGGUAGGAUGGAGCGGGAGAUCGACAGGCGGAUCGGAGCGGCGUCAGCAGUGAUGCGGACGUUUAACCGAUCAGUGGUGGUGAAGAAAGAGCUGAGCCGUAAGGAGAGACUCUGGAUUUACCGGUCGAUCUACGUGCCGAUCCUCACCUAUGGUCAUGAACUUUGGGUAAUGACCGAAAGAACAAGAUCGCAGAUACAAGCGGCUGAAAUGGGUUUCCUCCUCAGGGUGUCCGGGCUCAGCCUUAGAGAUAGGGUAAGGAGCUCGGACACUCGGGAGGAGCUCAGAGGAGAACCGCUGCUCCUCCACGUCCAGAGGAGUCAGCUGAGGUGUUCCGGACAUGGAACGACAGCGAUGAUGGCCUCCCUUUCUCUUCUGUCAGGAGUGUAUCUGUGAAUGUUCUGGAGAAUUUUGCGAGUUUUGUAAAGUUGCUGGUUCUUCUUUGACAGUCCUGUCGGAGAGGACAGACAGCGGGGAGUUUCAUACCUUAUAUGGGACAAAGCUUCAGUGUGAUGGCCGUUUCAGAUUUCCAUCAGUUAUCCGUGUUUUAUUCGUCCAUGUUGCUUCUUUGGGUUUAUACUGAGUCAUGAUAGAAAUAAGAAAGAACCGUCAGGACAGGAUCCAGGAGAGUCAGGAGGAAACUCUGACCUACAGCCAUCAGAACCCGUUUGACUGACCUCAUAGCGGCAGUAGCUCAGGAGGUAGAGCGGUCGUCCAAUGACCGGAAGGUUGGCGGUUCGAUUCCCCCCUAAUCCAAGUCUGUCCGUUGUGUCCUUGGGCAAGACACUUAACCCACCUUGCUCCCAGUGUGUGUCCUCCACUGGUGUAUGAUUGUGAGUGUUGUGUGGUGGUGGUCGGAGAGGCCGUAGGCGCAGAAUGGCAGCCACGUUUCCACCACCACCAAAGUGUGACUGUGUGAGCGAAUGAAUGAUGUAUCCAAUGUAAAGCGCUUUGAGGGUCUCUGAUAAAGCGCUUUAUGAAAUCUGAUGCAUUAUUAUUAUCAUAGUGGUGAGAACCAGUAACUGCAGGUAUUGAUAAGUUUUCUGUGUUUUAACACAGUGUCUGCAAACACAAAAUAACUUUAUUUUGACAUAUUGACCUUUAAAGGAUAAACUGAGUCUAAAUAACUCCUUAAGUCGACUUCACACAGAGUUACCAACAGUCCUGUCUCGUUGAUUCUUCACCUGUCUGCAGGUAAACCAGCCUACGAGAUGCUGGAGUCAGAUCCAGACUGGGUCCCUUCACUGGAGCUGGGUCACGACGAAGACGCCGAGACACGACCUGAGCACCGUCUCCCGUCCGUCAGAGACAAACUGUCGAGGAAAAGACCAGAGAAGCAUAAAAGAAAGGAGCGGGAGAAGACUGGGAAGAAGAACCGCUUCGACUCUGGACCUCUGGAGGGGAGAACUACGGGAGGAGGAGGAGGAGAUGGAGAAGGAGAAGGAGUUGAAGAAGGUGAGUACACUGACGAAGAGGCGGCUGAGAGUGAGCGUUUUAAAGUUUCUUCACUGAUAAAAGGAUGAGAAGCGUCGGCUCAGAGGUCGCUCUGAGGUAAAGUUUCUCUGACUCAAAGGUCAAAGGUCACGCUGUGGUCCUCAGCUGAUGUUUAAGAACAAGAAUCACACCUGCUCCUCCUCUUCCUCAGAGGGUCUGCAGAGAUGAAGCUCCUGCUGUCAGAUUCGGGUUGUAAUCUCCUUAAAUGUCGGUAGUUUCCGAACUUCCAUGUCGUGAAUUAAACGUCGCCUUUCUUCACAUCGGAGCGGAGUUCAGAGUUCGACCUCUGACCGGGCUUUUCUCUUACUCUGGGGUCUCAGGUCCUUCGAGAGCGGCGGGUCGUCCCUGGAGAGAAGUCAGAGCUCUGCUGCUGUCAGAGCUGAAACAUCAGCCAAUCAGCACGCAGCAUCCUGCAAACCGGACGCACCAGGAGGCAGUGCAUGCUGGGAAGGAGGCGGACUUCAGAGUAAGAGAAAAAGUCAAGUCUAAGAACUUAAACUGAUGAGAUAUGUGUGUUUUCUCACAGUCGAGGAGUUACUUCAACUCUGUUCCACAUGACUGACGCGUUAACAGGCUGAAUCUUCUUCAGAGAAUAAGAAUGAAAGCUGCAAAAAUAAGAGAGUGACGACACGUGUAUAUAAGCAGUUUCUUAUGAACAAUAAGACUUUAUUUAAGAAUAAAAAUAGUCGGUAAAAAGACUUUGGUGUCUGCUUAGAAGACCAGACCUGGAACAAAGUUUACUGAGACAAAAUCACAGGAAACACACUAGAUAAAAUAAGGAAUAAUCUGCAUAUGACUCCUGAAAUAUGUAGGAAAUAUGAAAACUCCUCCUCUGCAGCAUUCAAGACGUGUCUUUAUCAACCAGGGACAUAUUUUCAUUUAAUGUGGACAUGUACGUUUAUUCAAAUAUUGAUACAAACUCAGACAGAGAAGUUCCCUGGUAUUAAACUUGAAUUGGAUCCUAAAUAAUGUUUUCUUGGUAUCAAUCCUUCGUCCUUCUCUGGUCAAGAGUUCCUCCCUCAGCUGGUUCUUUGGUUCUGAGUGGACAGUGAUAAGAACUGGUCGAAGCAGAUCUCCCACUGAUGUGCAGAUUCCUAAUCCUUUAACUCCCCACACUCACGACCUUUGUUAUCGUUUUAUUAUUAUUAUUAUUAUUAGUAGUAGUAGUAGUAUUAUUAGUAUUAUUAUUAUUAUCAUUUUUAUUAUUAUUAUAAUUAUUAUUAUUAUUAACAUUUUUAUAGUUUUAUUAUUAUUAUUAUUAUUAUUAUUAUUAUUAUUAUUAUUAUUAUCAUCAUUAUGAUUAUUAUAGUUAUUAUUAUUAUUAGUAGUAGUAUUAUUAGUAUUAUUAUUAUUAUAAUUUUAUUAUUAUUAUAAUUAUUAUUAACAUUUUUAUUAUUAUUAUUAUUAUUGUUAUCAUCAUUAUGAUUAUUAUAGUUAUUAUUAUUAUUAUAAUUAUUAUUAUUAUCAUCAUUAUUAUUAUUAUAAUUAUUAUUAUUAUCAUUUUUAUUAUUAUUAUAAUUAUUAUUAUUAACAUUUUAAUUAUUACUAUUAUUAUUAUUAUUAUUAUUAUUGUUAUUAUCAUCAUUAUCAUUAUCAUUAUUAUUAUAAUUAUUAUUAUUAUGAUCAUCAUUAUUAUAAUUAUUAUUAUUAACAUUUUUAUCAUUAUUAUUAUUAUUAUUGUCAUUAUUAUAAUUAUUAUUAUUAUUAUUAAAAUUUUUAUUAUUAUUAUUAUAAUAAUUAUUAAAAUUUUUAUUAUUAUUAUCAUUAUAAUUAUUAUAAUUAAAAUUUUUAUUAUUAUAAUUAUUAUUAUCAUUAUUAUUAUUAUUAUCGUCAUUAUUAUUAUUAUUAUUAACAUUUUUUAUUAUUAUUAUUAUUAACAUUUUUAUUAUUGUUAUUAUUAUUAUCAUUAUUAUUAUUAUUAUUAUUAUUAUUAUUAUUAUUAUUAUUUUUAUCAUUAUUAUUAUCAUUAUAAUUAUUAUUAUUAACAUUUUUAUUAUUAUUAUUAUUAUUAUUAUCAUCAUUAUUAUUAUUAACAUUUUUAUUAUUAUCAUUAUUAUUAUUAUUAUUAUUAUUAUAAUUAUUAUUAUUAUUAUUAACAUUUUUAUUAUUAUCAUUAUUAUUAUUAUUAUUAUUAUUAUUAUCAUCAUCAUUAUUAUUAUUAACAUUUUUAUUAUUAUCAUUAUUAUUAUCAUCAUUAUUAUUAUAAUUAUUAUUAUUAUUAUUAACAUUUUUAUUAUUAUCAUUAUUAUUAUUAUUAUUAUUAUUAUUAUUAUUAUUAUUAUUAUUAUAAUUGUCUGCUUUGUUUUAGCCGUGCCAAAAUGAUUAAUUAAAAAGAAAGUUAAAAAACUGAAAUGCAGACUGCCUGCUCUUUAUUUUGGGCUCGGUCUGCUCUUUGACGGCUUCGUGUUGGACUAGUCUGACCCCAGAGUCCUGCGUCCAGCUGAGUCCCUGACCUCACCCCCGGGCUGGUUUACGUUCACCUGCUUCAGCUGCACUUUUACGGUUUUCUUCAUUUAUUUGUUGUUGUUGGAACUUAAACGUUCUCCUGUCAGGAACCACGAUCACAACGUCCAAAUAUUCUGAGAGUUGUUCCCCAGACAGAGUGAGACAGAGUGAGACAGAGUGAGAGCUCCCUUCACUUCUAGACCAUCUUUGUGGGGUUAAAACAGCCGCUGAGAUGAUCCUUAAUCACGUUAACCCUUUAAACCUGAUCAUUAAACGACCCUGAGUGAACUCAUGCUCUGGUUUUUACUGCAGGACUUCUUCAGAGAGUCUCUCCGUUCAUCUCUGGAGAACAUCAGCAGGUCCAGGACCCUGCAGACCCCACAGCCUCCCAUUGAUGUGGAUCCUGAGGGUCCGAGUAUCAGAGUUUCACCCGUGAAGGACUCCAGUAAGGACUCGUCUUCAUACUGCGUGAACUGUGUACGGCUGCAGAAGAAGGUCUCCAAGCUGAAGGAGGAGCUGUCUCUGCUCUCAGGAGGACAGGAGGACAUCCGGUCUGUGUCCAACAGAGCCCCCCUCCAACCAGACCAGGUCCCACAGAGUCCAGAGCCAGCUCAGAUAGAGGAGGAAGUGCCUGACUGUGAGUUCUGGAGAGGUUUGAGUUUCUACAUGUUUAUUUUCUGAAUGAGGUUUGUGAAGAUCUGCUCAGUGAUCAGCUGACCGCUAGAGUCCCUCAGAGGUCCACUACCCAGACCUAAACAAGCACAGAGAACCAGAGGUCCACAAAGGUCAUCUGAAGGUCUUCUCUGAAAAACUCAGCUGUUCCUCCUAAACCAUCUACACUCUGUUCCAUUUAUUAUACAAAUGAUAUCUCUGAUUUUCUGAACGAUGGACUCGGGUCCAGAGAAGUCUCUGGUGGUUCUGGAUCCUGUUUGCAUGGUUCAGUUUGGACCUCAUUAGUGGAGGUUCUCAUCAGUUCAUGUUCUCUUUUAAAAGGUUCCUGACAGUUUGGAGGACGCUCAUGUUAGCCCAGUAUCUGAAGUAUGUUGUCCGUCUGUGUUUUUAGGGGCGGGGCCUCUUGAAGAAGAAGAAGAAGAAGAAGAAGAAGGAGGAGGAGGAGGAGGAGGAGGAGGAGGUCGUCCGAUCAGCCCAAAGUUUUCAGCAAAGAACCGCAAACUCUCCAUGAAAGUCCCGACGCAGAGUCGACCUCGUUUUAGGAAGGAGUGGCUGAGCACCUUCUGGUUCCUGCGGCACUCUCCGAGCCUCAACAUCAUGUGGUGCCACGUCUGCCGCCUCUACCAGGACGAGAAACACUGGAACAAGGGGAUGAUCCGCGGCUCCAAGUGCUUCAAGAUGGACGUGAUCAAGGUGCACAACAACAGCAUGAACCACCAACGCAACGUGCUGUUCUACAAGGAGCAGCAGCUGCAGCUGCAGCAGCUCGACUCCGAUACAAGAGAGGAACAUGUCCUGCAGGGGGCGCUCUGACUCUCCUGUAAACUCUGUGACGACAUGUUGCUGCUAAUGUGAUUUUUUUUUUUUUUUUCUAAGAAGGUAAAAAAACGUGUAAAAGCUGUUCAGUAAGAAAUGUUGAGAAUUCAAUCCUUCGUUUUAUUUCAGAGCAACUUUGACGAUUUUGACCCAGGAAACAAAAAAACACAAACUUACAGAAGAAGAACCAAAACAGGUCCAAAGAUCUGAUAGAAGAACCAAACAGGUCCAAAGUUCUGAUAGAAGAACCAAACAGGUCCAAAGUUCUGAUAGAGAGGAACCAAACAGGUCCAAAGUUCUGAUAGAAGAACCAAACAGGUCCAAAGUUCUGAUAGAAGAACCAAACAGGUCCAAAGUUCUGAUAGAGAGGAACCAAACAGGUCCAAAGUUCUGAUAGAGAGGAACCAAACAGGUCCAAAGUUCUGAUAGAAGAACCAAACAGGUCCAAAGUUGUGUAAUGUUUACAAAAACAGCUGGUGGAACAUCUCGAUCAGGUUAGUCAAAUGACCGGGUUUAAGACGGACCUUCAGAGAGGUGGAGUUCCUCAGAAGGAAAGCUGGAGGAGGUUCUGGACUCUGUGAGAGACUGUGUGAGCGAACACUUCAACAGUUUCAGAAUAGCUAUCAGCUCACAGUCCAAAUCCAGUAUCCCUGAUGGUCUGGGGAUCAUCAGAGUCCAUGUCAUGGGGACCUUCCACAUCUGUGAAGGCUCCAUCGAUGCUGAACAACAUCUCCAGGUUUAGGAGCAACAUCUCCUGUCAUUCCCAUUAAAACCAUUAAAUAUAGUGUGAAGGCUGUGAAAACCA